AUGGCGACAGCGAGCAGUGCUUCAGCGCAGCAGCAGGCCUUUGCGCCGGUGCUCGCAGCCCUCCAGACGAUGCAGAGCAGCGUCUCUCGCCAGGAGAAAACUCACGCCCAUGAGUUUCUCGAGAAGUUCCAGAAAUCAGUUGAGCCAUCUCCGUGUCCCUCCCCCCGUAUUCUGCAUAGAUAGAUAGAUGUUUACCCCUCCAUGGGAACCGCCCUUUCGCUAACGAGACGCCGCUGUUGCUCUUUGCAUCACACAGACAGAGGCAUGGACGACGACGCAUGCGAUUCUCCAGACUGCCGAUGCGCAGGUCGAGGCAAAGCUCUUUGCUGCUACGACGCUCAAGGGAAAAGUGAGGACC